AUGGGCUUCAAAUUGUUCGCAACUUCUGUAUUCAUCGUGACGUUGAGUUAUGUGGCAUUGGAAGUGGAAGCCGGGUGUUGUUGUUGUGGUGGAGGUUGUGGAUGUUGCAGAUGUUGUCAGUAUUGUUGCCCCCAGCCUCCAAUCAUUAUCCAGCCACCUCCAGCACUACAUAAUGUUUGUCACGUACCUUGUAGUUGUGGAUGUUGUUGCAAGCCAUGUUGUUGUUGUAAACCUUGCUGUUGUUGUAAGUUUUUUAAUUUUAAAGAUACGUUUACCGUAUUUUACCCAAAUAUAUUUAUAAUCAUUUUACUUUGUUUAAUAGAUUUUAUAGUAUAUAUUACCUAUACGUUAACUAUAAGAUAAAGCAAAAAUGACUUUUACUGUAUCAAAAACUAGGAUGUAAUGUCUAAAUAGCGUGUCCGUCUACCGUCUCAAAGCCUACAAACAAGCUACAAAACAACCUAAAUCUUCCAAACAACGGUUACGGAUGUUCAAGUUGCUACAAAAGUGAUAUACCACAAUCAGAACAGGAUUCAUUGCCCAAAAACCCUUAUAUGUGCAACGAAUGUUACUCAAACAACUGUUGUAACAGGAUCGACAACUGUGAUACCAACAAUUGCAAACUUCAAUGCGAUAACUGCGACAAUUAUGGAUGUUGCGGGGGUUGCGGCAACAACUGUGGAGGUUGUGGAAGUUGUUGUGGAUGUGAUAGUAACUGUGAAGAAUCAGAAGACACGAUAAAAUCCUUAAAUGACGCUAAAAACAAACCAAAGAUUCUGAAAUCGCUACAUAAAGCUUUAAUGUCAUUGUUUGGAAGACAUCAUGUUACCAAAAUGAAAGCAAAUUUGGUACCGCCAGAGCCAAAAGAAGUUCGACAAGAAAGAGUUGAAGAUACUACGGCCACUGCGGUUAUCAGUGAAGUUGAUAAAAGUGUAAAAGAUGUACAAGACGUAGAAGAGACUACUGAAUUUACAAAUUCUAAAGAAAGAUCAACCGAAGCUUCGAAAGCUCAAGAAGACAAAGUUUUAGAAGAAGAAGCUGCGGACAAGAACGAUAACCAUGAUGAAGAUGGUCUUGAGACUACUACUGACCCACUUUUACAGUAUUUUACUGAGAGCAGUAACACUGCCCAUAAGAAAGAAAAAAACGGCGUUAGGACUAUAAUACUGUAAUUAAAAGUCUACCUUCCAAGCUCUACCCUGUUGUAUUUCUUACAUAUUCCAUAUCUGUAUUACAACACUACCUUCUAAUACAUAGUUAUAAUAUUAACAUACCCAAAAUUUAGGCCCUUGUUGUGGAGGUCGUAAGAAGCGUUCAUCUGAUGCCAUUGAACGUCUGUGCAUUGCCAAGGUCAGUCGUCGCUGUGCUGAAGGCAAAUUCAAAAUUGCUGAACCUUUGGCCGAUGACAAAACUGUCAUUCCAGUCGGAUUACCUACCCGAGCUCGACGAUCAUUAAACAAAAAAGUAAAACAAUUCGGAAAAUGUACAUGCUAA